AUGAAUGAUGGGCUCCCAACCAUACCUGCUGACUGCCUCCAUGUAUGUAUUGAUGUUACUGGAGCCUACAGUUCUCAAAAGACCGAGUUGAAUAUAAGCUUGACAGCAAUAGGCCUUUUAUGGACUUCAACUGAUUUUAUUGCAAAGGGACUUCUUAAUGUGUCUGCAGAGGAAAAGGAAAUAGGAAUUUUGGAUUCCUCAAAGCAAAGAAAUGGUGAAAGUAGAGAAGAACAUGGCCUCAGAGUUGUUGAUACAGUUACAGAUCAAGCUCCCUUGGUGAAUACUGUUAAUCGUGACAAGUUGCUGUUUUCUGUUUUCUCAUUACUUCAUAAUCUGGGAGCCGAUGAGAGGCCAGAGGUUAGAAACUCGGCAGUGCGGACACUUUUUCAAAUUCUUGGAAGUCAUGGGCAAAAGCUUUCAAAGAAUAUGUGGGAGGAUUGUCUUUGGAAUUAUGUUUUUUCUACAUUGGAUCGUGCAUCCCACAUGGCUGCAACAUCCUCAAAAGAUGAAUGGCAAGGGAAAGAACUUGGAACACGUGGAGGAAAAGCAGUUCAUAUGCUUAUACAUCAUAGUCGUAACACAGCUCAGAAACAGUGGGAUGAGACCCUUGUGCUUGUGCUUGGCGGAAUAGCACGAAUUCUGCGCUCUUUCUUUCCUUUCCUUCGAAGUUUAAACAAUUUUUGGUCUGCGUGGGAGUCUUUGCUUCUUUUCGUUAGAAACAGCAUUUUCAAUGGUAGUAAAGAGGUUGCUCUUGCUGCAAUAAAUUGCUUACAGUCCACUGUCAUUUCUCAUUCUCCCAAGGGGAAUUUGCCAACGUCUUACCUGAAAUCGGUACUCGAUGUUUAUGAGCGUGUUCUUCAGAAGUCAUCUAGCUACAGUGGCAAUGCCACUACCAAGGUGCAGCAGGAGAUUAUACAUGGUCUUGGAGAAUUGUAUGUGCAAGCACGUGGAAUGUUUGACAAUGGCAUGUAUGCACAGUUGCUAUCAGUCAUAGAUUCUGCAAUCAAACAAACCAUAAUUACUGAUAAUAAUUUUGAAGCUGAAUAUGGACAUGUUCCACCCGUGCAACGUACUGCAUUGGAAAUCAUUCCAUUAUUAGUUCCAGCGGAGCACCUUUCUGCAAUGUGGAUCUCCCUUCUCCAGGAACUUUUGCAGUAUCUUCCAAGAUCUGAUUCUCCUUUGCAAACUGAGGGUGAUGAAACCAAGCAAGCCAGCACUAGGGCCCAUAUUUCUGAACCUAAUAACAUGGCUGAGGCCCCUAAUGGAACUGCUGCUACAUCGCCAAAGCAAGUAGAAGUUUCGUCCCUGAGCUCUGCAUCAACUACAGCUGCUGUGGCCGGUGACUCAAAUCAUCUAUUUGCAGAGAAGCUUGUGCCUGUGUUGGUAGAUCUUUUCUUGCAGGUUCCUUCUGUAGAAAAGUAUAAUAUUUUUCCUGAGAUUGUUCAAGGUCUUGGAAGGUGAGAAUUGAUACAGGUUCUGUUACUAAAUGACCAUAUUGUAAUUCAAAAGGACUAUUAAUCAAGUGGAAAAAUGGUACUGAGCUUCAAUACUGUUAGUUUUGCAUGUUAUUGGGGGUAGUAUAGUCGUUUACUUCAUUUUAUGUACUAUAUAGGGGUCUUUAUUGUGCAUCUUAUGUUAUGUGGUUAUACAGACUAUUGAGCAGUAACAACAUUUUAUUUUCUA